GCUCCCCAGCGUGCGGCCGGAGUCUCCGCGGCGGGACCGGACAGCGCCCCAGAGCGCCUCCUAGAGGACAAAGCCGGCAGUGGCCCGUGAGGAGAAUCCAGUUGCCCCCUUGGCCGGAUAGAUGACUUUCUUUGCUCAUUAGAGGUCAAAUCGGUUGAUAGAUGUGAAGGAUCAGCACCAUUGCUGUUCGUGGAAAACCGGACGUCUGAGUGAUUUGUUGUGUGUGGAGGUUGCCCAACAAGAAAGCCCCCCUUGCUUCCUUCCUCUUCUGGGAAAGCACUCCAGAGUGGUCGGCUUUACUCUUUCUCUUCAUCCCCCCAAGGACAUUCUGUUAUCUUUGGCCAAACUGAAGGAAAGAGAGAGUUUCAUGUUGAUUUUUGGCCUUCUAUGUUGGCCUCUUUUUGUUUUGUUGUGUUUUUUUUUAGUAUGUCUGUUAGUAAAGUGGGUAGACACCUUGAUUCCGAAAGGCAUGUCAAUCAAGCUUUAAUUACCCAAUCCCAGAAAAAGUUCUUCACGUAAUGGAAUCCUGGAGUCAUCACAAUGCCCAUCACGCCAGAGAAUGCGGUGCUGUUUCUUCCCAUCCUUUAUCGGUGGCUGCAGAACCACCUGAAGGAGGAAGUAGAGGAGCCGGAGCAGAGGCUUUGCCAUUCUGCCAUCAAGAAGCUGAGGGAGUACAUCCUCUUGAACUUCUCAGUGGAGGAGGGCAAACUUCAAUAUGGUGCAAAUUCUGUGGACAUGGAGAUCUGUACUGUUUACCUUACCAAGGAUCCAGGAAACACUGAGUCUCUUGGUCUAAGUUUUGGGAACAUACCUGCUCUAGGGGACUACGGAGAAAAACGAAGAGUGGGGAGAAAACGGAAGGGGCAUAAAGGCCCGAUACUUGAUGUUGGAAGCAUCUGGGUCACCGACUUAAAGAAAAACAGCCCAGCAGGGCAAUGUGGGAAGGUCCGCUUGAGAGAUGAGAUCCUUUCACUGAAUGGACAGUUGAUGGUUGGAGUGGACAUCAGUGGUGCAAGCUACCUUGCUGAUCAGUGCUGGAAUGGCGGCUUCAUCUACUUGAUCAUGUUGCGUCGCAUCAAGCGCAAGGCUCCCCUCCCUCCGUCGAACGGCAACAACAGCAACAGCAGUGAAACCAAAGCCAGGCCCGCUUCCGAACCCAGCGGGAAAGCCUCCCAAAAUGGCAAAAGGACCAGAAAGUUUGGGGUCAUCACCAGAACGCCCUCUGGGGGCAAGGAGGCAAAGGGCCACAAAGGGAGCCCCAAGACCGAGCACGAGAAUGGACCCUGCACUCGCAUGGAAGUGGACGGGAUACCCCCGGAGGCCUCCAAAACGGAAAGAAAGCUGGAAAGCCCACUUCCAAGAGUAGACUCUCCUUUUCCAGCUGGACAGUACAGGUCUCGGCUUUCGGAUGGAGGGAUUCUGGACCUAAAUGCAAGCGAAUUGUCCUUGCAGCGAGAAGGCUGCCGGAUAUGGAAGAUGACCAUGAUGAAGGGGGCAGACGGGCUGGGAAUCCAGAUCACUGGCGGUCGAGGCUCAAGGCGCUCUCCGCACGCCAUCAUCAUUGCACGGGUGGAAGAAGGAGGCUCUGCGUACAGGGAUGGUAGACUAAAAGUGGGCGACGAACUCCUGAUGAUCAACGGUCAGUCUUUGGUCGGUCUCUCCCAUGAAGAAGCCGUCGCUCUUCUUCGGUCAGCUGAAGGCCUCAUAUAUCUGGUAGUCGCAAGCAGGGAUGGGGCGGAAGAGGAUUUUCUGAAUUACCCGUCAACAAGUUUGCCAGACUUAAUUAGCACCUGCUCUGUUCAAGAUACAACUCCCUGGACUGAGAAUAAAGAGAACGAAGAGCCAGAGGAGGAGACUGUCAAAGGAAAGAACCUUGUCCCAGAGGUCCAGGAACCUGUGACAGAUGCAGAUAAAUCUCCAGACCCGGCUGGUGCUGAGGGGUCCCAAGAAGACUGUCAAAGUCCAACUCUAGGAGGUGGUAUUUUGAAGUACAGAAGCCGAUCACAAGGAGCGGCAACUCGUUUAGAAUCCGUGGGAGAGGAUGAUGAGUUAACAGUGGAAAAUGGAGAUGUGAGUUACGAAAUAAUCAUGAAAUAUGCCCGUGGAGGGAGAAAACAUUCUCUGCCACAGCAUCUUGACACAGGAACCAGACAGCAGGAGUACCAAAUUGUUAAGAAAUCCACCCGAUCACUCAGUGCAGCUCAAGUAGAAUAUCCCUGGCGCCUGACUCAGCCAUCCAUUAUUUCUAACAUUGUCCUGAUGAAGGGACAAGGCAAGGGUCUUGGAUUCAGCAUUGUGGGAGGUCAGGACUCUGCUCGGGGUCGCAUGGGCAUUUUUGUGAAGACGAUUUUCCCAAACGGAGCUGCUGCCGCUGAUGGUAGACUCAAAGAAGGGGACGAACUUCUGGAAGUGAAUGGAGAAUCUUUACAAGGGCUGACCCAUCAGGAGGCCAUUCAGACAUUCAAGCAACUCAAGAAAGGCGUGGUAACCCUCACAGUCCGGACUAGGCUUCGUAGCCCCAGCCUCACCCCGUGUUCUACAUUGCUGAGCCAUUCCAGUUCUCCCAGUUCCAAUGGCGGAGUUCCUUUACCCAGCUCUGAAGAUGUCGAUGUUUCUUCCUCCAGUCGCAAGAGUCCAGGCCCAAAGGACAGGAUUGUAAUGGAAGUGACCCUCAAUAAAGAGCCAGGUGUCGGGCUGGGUAUUGGUGCCUGCUGUCUUACGCUGGAGAAUAGCCUGCCAGGUAUAUACAUCCACAGCUUGGCCCCGGGAUCUGUGGCUAAGAUGGAUGGAAGAUUAAGCCGCGGUGAUCAGAUCCUGGAAGCUGAUUCGGUCAGCCUGAGACAUGCAGCUCUGAGCGAAGCUUACGCCAUUUUGAGUGAAUGUGGCCCAGGCCCAGUCAGCCUUAUCGUUAGCCGCCAUCCGAACCCAAAGGUUUCCGAACAGGAGAUGGAUGAAGCAAUUGCACGUACCACUCAGCGAGAAAGCAAAGACGUCCCAUCCCCUCAAGUCACAGGUAACCUGCCCAAGAGUCCAUCCCCAAGCGUGAAGUCGAAGCAGAGUGAUGCCUCCUCGCCUCUGAGCUGGACGAUGAAGCGUUUCUUGGAGCCAGUGAGUCGGCAGGGGUCCGUCAAUUCUGAAACGGAGCUAUCUCAGUACUUCCUGCAGGAUGGCGCAAGCCAGUUGUCGCUUUCUGAGACCACAGUCACGGGCUCCAGUGACGAAGAGCAACUUCGUCCCAAGAGUGGGAGCAGCUCUCUGGACGAGAGUUUCCUGUCUCCUGGCAUUCCAACUACAAAAGAAUUGGCCCUGUGUGAUUCGCCCAGUAGUGGAAACUCACCUGGUCCUGUGAACAAGCACAGGGAAGCAGUUCGGCACGUGAGUUUCAGCGAUAGCCCCAAAGGUAGCCGAACCGCGUUCCAGAGGCAGAGGAGAAUUGCUUUCUAUGAUGGCGAUGCCAGCGAUGAAGACGACUUUGCCAAGCAAGAUGGUGGUCAGUUCCAGAGAGGACCAAGACCCAAAGGCCAAAAGAAGGCACAGAGCAACUGUGAGGUCAUUAUUGCAGCUUGUCCAACAGAAGGCAUUGCUGCAAACCAGGAGAAAGACUUUGCAGCGGAUAUCCACAAUGCGUCAACCGUAGGCAUCUUCAGGGAUUCAGCUGAGAGUGCCAAGGAGUCCCCUCUCCUUCCAGUCAAAUCUCUGGAUUCCUCACAUAUGCCGGAGCAUCACCUCAGCUUGAAGGACUUCCGAGAAACGCAGCUGGAAUCUAAGAGAUCCCCUAAACUGGAACACAAAGCAGUCACUAGAGUUAAAAGCCUGAUGAGCAUUGAAUACCACGGGGUCCCGCGGCCGAGAAACGAAGAACACGGCACUGGCAAUAAACUCAUUGGGAGGACAUUUCCAAAUAUCCACAAGAGUGAAGCACAGGAGAGUCCUCUUGGGCGGAGCCAUAUAGAAGUGAUUACCCUGACUCGGAAUGAAAAUGAAUCCUUUGGCCUGGAUCUGGAAAUCCACGCUAUUCCCUUACUGGUUGUGAUAACUGGGUUGCGCCCCGGUGGAGCAGCCGAAAGGGCAUCUAUGGGAAGGGUGACUCCUGGAGAUAAAAUCCUUUCAAUCAACAGUAUCCCAAUCCAUGAAUUCUCUUAUGAUGACGUCUGUCAGUAUGUACGGUGUCUCCCCACAACUAUCAUUCUAGAGGUGCAGAAGUCUGUUUCUGCUCUGAACAGGCUUUCAAAACUCAUUGUGUCUUCAGAAGCGGAGGCAGCCCAGCCGGCUCCAACCAACGUUCUCGUGAUUGAGGAAGAAACCAGCUCAGCCAUUCACAAAGAGCCUUUGCACAGGGACGAUCCAGACGAUGUGUCAGGAAGGAUAGAGCCGCCAUCUGAUGCCAAGACUGUGGAGCGAUCAACAGAUGCCUUCGAAACAUGCUGUGCCCCGGACAGCACUGUGGUUCCAGUUGCUGAUACUGACGACUUCCUUGACAAAUGCAAUUUGUCGGAAGAAAAGGAUUCUAAGUGUCCAUUAAUCAGGACCAGAUGCACCAAAAAAGACACUUUGGGGCUGGCAGAAGAUUGUUGUGCUAAUUCUUGGUCGGAUCUCAUUAAGAAUGACAUGCCGGAAAGGCCACUGAAUUGCACAACAAACGCAGAAGAAGUCUUGGGGUUUUCUGCCCUAGAUUCCAUUAGCCCCAGCAAGAUUUUCACUGUGAGUCCAACCCGCCUGAGUAACUAUUCCAGGAAUUUCAGCAGUUCAAAUGAAGAUGCCGUGGCUGAAAUAGAAAACGAGAGCAGUGGGGUUUCAAACUCAAUGUAUGCCGCUGCAGAAGAUUCCAGCUCAGACCCGGAAUCUGUGGUUGAAGCUCCUGGCCUGUUGGGUGGUUCGUCGCUCUUGCAACCUGCUCACGAUGACCUCUUGGAGACACAUAACACAACUGAAUCAGAUGAGGAGCAAAUUGAGAUCUGCUGUUUGAAUAACGAGCAACAACAUUUGACUCAGCAGCUUCCAUCUACUGCAGAAGCAUUUCAUCCCCCUACUGAGUGCAGUCUUUCAGACCAGGUUUUGCCAGCAGAAAGCAUGACAGAAACCAGUGUUCUGGGAAUAUCCAGUGGGAAGUCCUCCUUGGAACUGCUACAUUCUCCUGGGCCUAAUACACAACAUUCUGCUUCAUCCACUGCCUUCCAUUCACCUUCUCAGGUUUUUCCACCGAGUAUAGAUAGGACAGAUCAUGCAUUGGAUGACCAAGCAAUUGAUUCUUUCCACGACAAUGUUGCCUUAAUGAAACAAGGGGGGAUGAGCCAAGAGAUGCUGAUGGAAACACGCAGGACUUCUAACCAUGAUGCUCAAGAAUCACAUUUGUGCAUGACAAAAAAUAUAAAUGGGUGGGACGGUAGGUUUGUCAACAAAGAUGAACCUAAUAAAACUCCAAAAUCAAAUACAGAAAAUGAUUUCGGAAUAGAUUAUUCCAGGCUGACCGCUCGUUCUGCUUUGGCAAAGAAGGGAACUGUUGAUUCAACCCCCUUGAGUAAACUGGAUAGCAAUCUUACUGAUUGUGCAUCGCAGAGAAUAGGGUGUGGCCCCAAAUUACCCCUCCCAGCAAAAUCUAAAGAUCCAAGUAAAGUUGCUGUUCCUCUUGAUUUAGCAGGGAAAAACGAAAAAGCCAAUGCAGUUGUUGCGUCGAAAUGUUCGUACGCGAAAAUUCAAAGUUCUUCUCCCAAUCCGUGCAAAGGCUUUUCAGCCCCAUGCAGUCCGGCGUCUUCCAAAAAACUGCCUCAGGAAACUCGAGGGAUUGCCCAGAAGAGUAUCGUGGAAGCUCUUUCAAAUAACUUGCGAAACAAACCAGGGCCAAAGUUAAAGGGUCUCACUAUUAAAAGUAAAAUCAAGGCAAAUUCCGAGACCCUUGGUGGUCUUCCUGCCAAAGGGGGAGGAACGGAUCAGAAAAAAACUUCCCUCCCUGUCCAGCUGUCGCCUAGACUUCUCACAAAGAAGGUCACAGCACUCCGUAAUUUAGCUGCACACUUGGAACCACGUGUCCGAGGCCUUGCCUCUGCCGCCCGGGCUUUGCAGCAAGAGGAGGACGCUGCAAAUAAGUCCUCUUCAGCAGUGCCUCAGGAAUCACCUUUGGCUGUGCCAAAUGGUGAAAACACUGUUGUCAAUAACCAUGAAAAUCAACCCAUUAACCUUUUGGCACUAAGCAAUGCAGAGGAACGAAAAGAACAGCCAGUUUCAAGUCAGGUGGUGACAAAUAGUGAAAAGGUAGAGGAGGUUGAUACCGAGGACUACCACACUGGAGAAGGUCCACCCCAGAUGAGUGCGCCUUCCAAAGUAACGCCCAAGAGUGAUCGUGCAGGUGAGCAGACUGGAAACCAUGGAGUGGGUCCCAGUUUGCCAAAUUCAGUUGGAUGUGAAUUGAGCCCUGUAGCGACUUACAAUGUGGGGUCUUCUAAAAAAGAGUCCUCCAGUCUCCUUUAUUUGCCAGCUGAGCAAGAGCAGUUGGGUCACGAAAUUCAGCGUACUUUCAUAGAGGUGAGACUCUCUUCCUCCUUCACAUCACCGUCACUGAUUCCGCAGGAGUCUCUGGAGAAAGAAGAAGGUACCAAAGAGAAGAUCGAUCAAGUAGAGUGUCGGCUGCAGAAUUCUAGGAGGAAUGCCUUUGAGGAAGAAAUCGUACACAGUGCAUUAAAGCCUGUGACCAGGACUUACUCAAUGCCUACUCAGUUAUCAAAUCAUUUGAGAGAAGAGACCAGCGCCAUGAAUAUGCCACCACAUCAUUCAGAGAUGGGCGUGUUGAAAAUUGUCCAUCUCAACCUGAUGAACGGCCAGAGCACCCACGAUGGCAAAGAGACGCUCAAUACUAUCCCAAAACCAAACACGCAGGAGUUGCCCUUGACCAACCACAACAGCAGUCGUAUUACGGACAAAUUAAAAACCUGCAGGAGGAACUAUUACUAUUAUGAACUGAAUUGGCCGCAUGAACCUAUUUCGUCGUUCUCUGUAAAACAGAGAAUCAAAUCUUUUGAGAACCUGGCCAAUUUUGACAGGCCGAUAGUUAAAGCUGUUGACAUACAUACCGCAGCCCUCAAUUCUAAGUUUCCCAUUGGUCGGAGGCUGUCCGGGGGAGUUUCUGCAGUUUCUGCUACCAGUGUCAAUGACACAGUUCAGACGCUGAGACGAAGCUUGAGCUCGUACUGUGAAAGCCAAGGCCCAGCCUCCUCGCAGAUGACAAAAGCAUCAACCACUUCAACAUUAACCCAUCUGCAGCCAAAUUCCACAGAGGUCAACAGCAAAGAUGAUACUCCCAAUGCUUUGGGAGGCCCAAGCAGUUUGCAAACGUCUGCCCCCAGCCCCCGAAGAAGUAGGGCCUCGGGAGGGCACAUCAGGCACACCCCCUUAUCUCGUUCCAAGCUCCGGGAGCUCAGGGCCUUGAGCAUGCCCGAUCUCGACAAGCUUUGCAGCGAGGACUUCUCUGUGGAAUCCGAUUCUUCCCAUUUCAACAGCGAGUUGGAAAUUGCAUCCGCAACGCGGUCGUUAGGCCUUCCUGUCGGAAGUGUGUCCGGUCUGAAUGAAUGCAUGGAGUUCUCCAGCCUUGGGAUGACAAGCAGGCAGCAUUCGAAAGAAAGCAGUCCCUGGACCAGUGGCUCUGGCACUCCUGGGUCAGCAUCUGAUGAGGAACUCCUGCACCAUGAAGCCUCCCUGAACAAGAUGCACUCGGGGAAGAGCUGGUCCAUCAGCUUGGAUGAACUCUUGGUCUCCACUCUAGAUCAGCAGAAAUUGCAGUCUGUUUUGUCUUCAGUGACAACAAAGUGUGAUGUUUUGUCUUUACUUCAGGAAUCCAAAGACCAAGCAGAGAGCAAAGAAGAUGUUUACUUUGUAGUCUUAAAUAAAGAAGAAGGAUCUGGGCUGGGAUUUAGCGUUGCUGGAGGAGUAGACCUGGAACAGAAAUCAAUCAUCGUCCAUCGAGUGUUUUCAAAGGGGGUGGCAUCCCAGGAAGGAACAAUUCAUCGUGGAGACCUCAUCCUUUCCAUCAAUGGUAUUUGUUUUGCGGGUUCUGUGCACGGGGAUGUGCUGAAUGCGCUUCACCAGGCAAGGCUCCACAGAUACGCCGUCGUCGUCAUCAGGAAGGAGAAAGCCAGAGAAAAGAUGUCUUCUUCCCGCCCUGAACUAGCUACUCCUGGCAGGCAGACCUUGGAUGCGGCUAUGGAAAGGAGAACAGGUACAGCCGGAGAGCCGAGCGAUACUAUCUGCAUUGAACUCUUGAAGACUUCUGCUGGCUUGGGGUUCAGCCUGGAUGGAGGAAGAGCGUCUCUUUCUGGAGACAGGCCUUUGGUUAUUAAAAGAAUAUUUAAAGGUGGCGCUGCAGAACAAGCUAGGAAACUGGACGUCGGUGAUGAAAUUCUUGCUAUUGGUGGGAAAUCCCUCCUCGGACUCCUGCAUUAUGAUGCAUGGAAUAUCAUUAAAUCUGUCCCAGAGGGACCAGUGCAAUUACUUAUCAGAAAGCAUCAGCCUCUAUGAUGUGAGCACCAUUGACACGUUAAAAUGCGCCUUCUGAGUGCACCCUUCCACGCUGUCAGGUAGCUGAUACCUACCUUUCAGAAGACUCAGUGAGCGAGUGCUUUUGUCGGAACGUCCCAGUCAGCAAAGGAGCGACAAGAUGCAACGUUUCCCUGAUACUACUUGUUCCCACUGGGAUGAGAGACAUCAAAGUGCCACAUAUUUUCCCUGUUGGCUGAAUGGCCAUCCAAAUCACCUUCUCCAGUUCCGGUUCAUCAUCUGUGUGGGCACCGACCAAAGCAAAGUUAUUGGUUGGCUUACUUCAAGCCGGGCCUCAGCCUUGGAAUCUGCCUGGGAACAUGUGAAGGGAAGAGAGUCUCUUUGAACAUAAGCAGGAUGCGUUUGCCUCAUCACCUGAGCAACCACAGCUACCCUCACACAUUUCUGACUUUGGGGCAAAGGCUGAGGAGUCAGAGGAAGCGACUGCUAAGCAGAACUUGAGUCUCUGACCGCGUCUCAUUGGAGAAUGAAUUACUGGCUACGUGUUCACUUUGUCCUUAUCCUAUAGGAAACACAUAGAUGGUACUUUGUGUAGGUUGCAUGGGAAAGCUCAGUAAUAUGUAUAUAAAAAGCAAAUUAUAUCUGGUUUCUCCCAGCUGCCAUUGUAAGAUUUGGGUGUUAUGUUUGGAUGGCCCAAACAGUACAGUAGCACAUCAUGCGUGGUGGGCCCCUGGCUCAAGGCUAGUGUGUCGGCUCUGCACACACAGUUCCACAGGUGCCACUUUUUGGCAUCUCGGGUUACAGGACCACAAAGAUCAAGCCUGGGAAAGACCUCUGCUUGAGGCCACUGAAUGCGGCUGUGAGUCAGAGCCAGACACUGCAGAGCCAGGAGGAUCACGAGUCAGGAUCCUCUAUGGCAGGGGUGUCCAACUCUAAUGCUUCAGAUGUUCGUGGACUACCAUUCCUCUCAGCCCCUGCUGGCAUGACCAAUCAACAGGGGCCAAUGGGAAUUGUAGUCUAUUAACAUCUGAAGCUCCAGAGUUGGACACCUCUGCUCUAUGGGAUUUCUAUUUAGUGGUGAUCACAGCUGCAGAGUUUGGGUGCCUAAGACAUGCUUUUUACAACUGACAUUCAUUUAGGAGAAACUUUUGGAGGAUUUUUCUCCCUCUGGAAACUACUUGUGGCAUACCCAUCCUUUGCAGAGUUGUACUUUGCAAGUCAGGAGUGGAAACUAUUGCUUCCUGUUUGUGAUUUUUCUAGUUUGACUGCGAUUUUGAUCUCAGGACAUGAUAAUUUGUUAAAGGUAGGAAAGUAUUGGGAGUAAUCUCAGUGGGACUGGCCCAGUUGGGCUCUUUCCUAACAGUUCUUCCAGAGGAAUGGCUCUAGUAGUGGAGACAGCUAUCCUCCCUCUUUGCCUCUCCCCCCCACCCCGCCUCGCCAGUCAUGAGGAUUCCUGACCGCAAGAGCAGAAUUACAGAGUACUCUAACCACAAUGAUUCUCUGAGUGUAACAAAUGACUAUUCAGAGCUUGAAUCAGAAGUUUUCAAUCAUGGUGCCUGAAGCUAAUUAACUAUAGAUUAGAUGACCUGCUUGUCAGAAGAACUGGUGCUCUAUUUAUUUUCAAUAUCAGGGAAAUGUGUUAGGUUUGCUCGGCACCCACAACUUCUGUAUGCUCAGUUCAUUAAAACAAAGCCAAAUUUUUCUUCAGGUUGCUUUAACAGAACUACAGUGGAGUGAAUAAAGGAAGAGACCUUGUUUAAAUACCAAGAAGACUCCAAAAGAGGUACACAGCUUGCCUCGUUCAACUUUUGAAUGCCAAAGGAGGGGUUCUGUACUCGGUAUGUUCCAAGUGGCCAUAUUUCCAGCAAAUUGUAUUCAAAAGCAGUUCUGCAUCUAUCUCCUUACUGGAUUUUUGUCAGUAAAGAUGCCGAAUUAUGGCCCUUAGAUCUGCCAUACUGAGUUGAAACCAUAAAAUCUGUGUGCCAACAUAUUCUGUGCUUGCUGCUAUUUGGAGCAGCAGCACGUGUAUGACGCACUUCUGUACCAGAAUCUUAGUUAUUGGGCUCCACUGAACUUGCCAGAUAAGUCUUUUGAUGAAGAUGUCAUUCCACAUCAGUAGCCCUGAGCUGUUUGUGAGUCCAUGACUACUAUUCUCUGGGCUGUGUGCUUGUAUUUCAUAGGUCACUACAAAAAAAAAUUCGCUUAUAUACAUAAUACUUAUUAGAGAACCAAAAUACACUGACCUUCAAUCUGUGACACAUUCUCUGAACACAUUGAUGUGUCAUUUUGACUGAUGUAUAUGGUAUUGUAGGCACAGGGUUACAAAGAUUUAUUUUUUUUUCCUAAAAACUAACCUGGUUGAAUCCUCAGGUGACAAAACAAAACAAAAUCGUCAUUCUUAAUAAAUGAAGGAGAAAUUAAUUUUCUUCCUAUUUGCCUUAAAAUGAUCAGGGAUAGAUUCGAAAUUCCAGCUCUCGUUAAUGCCGUUGAUGCUCCGUAAACUUUUGCAAAUAGCUCCUGUAUUUACAGUCUAUCUCAAGCCAUUCCAGUCUUAUCCUGCAUAUACAGGAAUUGUUUUAUGUGUUUACACACAUUCACGAUUCACUUGCCAGUUGCUUAAAGCGUGCAGUUUAGUGAAGUUUUGGACUGUUUUCUCCAUUACCAUCUUAAGAGUGGUUGCAGAGAGGACAUUCUGCGUCUCUUUCUAAGGGGGAAAAACUGAAUUAUCCAGCUUAAAGAAAAUUUUUUGAAAAAUCUUGCACAGAAUGUGAAUAUUGACUAGAUCCAAUGCUAGUAUUUCACUGACCCCAGGACUCUGUAUACCACCACUACCUGGGCACUAAAAAAAAUUAAGCAAGUGAUCAAUUCGGUAACAGCAGUGAUUCUAGAGCAGUUCCUGUUUUUGACCUCUGCACUAAAAACAAAGAUUCUAGAGCAGUUCCUGUGUGCAAAAGCACAGGCCGUACAGUGCGCAUUGUGAAAUGCAACAGGGAGCAGUGAAUAACACACCGUUUCCUAGCAGCAGGGUCCCACCUUGAAUGCUACUUCUUGGUAAUGCUGCAUCUUGGUAAUGCUAACAAGAAUGCAGCUUUAAAGGCCUGUGAGAUUUCAUAGGCAUGGGGAGAUAUGGGUAGACUUCACCCCUCCUCUUCCAACAGCCUUGGUCAGUUCCAUCUUUCACUACCUGCCUUAUCAACAGUUUCUCUCCUUAAUUGUUCCAACAAUGCUACAUUUAACUAUCCCCUUGAGAAAACUUGUAGGUAGCUAUGAUUUCUUUCCCCUCCAGCACUGUAGGUUUGAUGGGACAUGAGCAGCUAUGGGGUGCAGCUAUGGUCUGCAAAAAGCAAUGUCCCUUUAAUGAGCACACAUGUAUAGCUCCGCCAAAGUAUGAUGGACCAUUAGGAAACAGUGAUUGAAUACGUGGUUGUACAGGAAUGGCAUUUUAUGAAAUUGUCAACAUGUUUGAGUGGUGAUUUUUUUUUAAAAGACCCGCGGCAUCUUCCCAACACAGUUUGUUAAAUCCUGACCGCAUGUAAAUGCCUUCAUUCUGAAUCAAGAUGAAUUUAAAAUAGGGAGAUAUUUUGUAAAAGCAUUCACUGCCGUGAACUGCAUACAUUUAGAAAGAGAUGUGUAAUACAGUUUUGUAGACUCUUAUUCUGGAAGACAAGGCACUGCAUAGAAAUUAGUCUGAACAUAUCUGUGCUGUUUACAGACUGUCUUGUGUUUCCCAUCUGCUGUGUUUGACAAACAGGGCUACACAAGAAGAGAGAUUAUUCAGUGGUUUAUCACAUAAUAUUUUAAAGCCAUGGUAAAGAUAGCAUUUGUGUUGCCAAGUUGAUUUGUUUUGGGUAUCAAUGCUGUGUGGCUGUCUCAUAACUGUUCAGCAUUUACUACUGAACUUUGAAUUUUGUUUUAAUGAUAACUGCUCAUCAACAUACAUUGGUUCGUGCCAAAAACUGAGAACUUCUGAUGAUUCUAGAGAGCUGUGCUUAAAUCUUCAAUUCUCAGAAUCUGCGUGGAGUGUGACACGUUCUUCACAUAACAGAAAAUCCACCUUAUAUGUGUUACAAAUGUCAUCCUUCAAGUUCAGGAAGGUGAUUUGUAGCAGUAUAUGAAAAAUAAAGAUAAGAACUUCCAUAAGAAACCAGAAUUACAAGCCUUGAUCACCAAAUUGCAGGUAAGGUAGAAAACCUGUAUGUGGACUGUACCAAGUAGACUAUAGGUGGGCGGAUUACGUAACGGAAAGCUUCUUCAUUAAAUAAAAAUAAAGCAUUGCCUGCACAUGAAUGUUAUGGAAAAAGAUGGUGUUCCAGCCCUUUCCCUAACAAAUCAGUUUUCUACAUACAGAGAACCCUUCUGUCCCAGAAGCAUUCGGUUACAUGAUCUACCUCCUGCAAUCUGCAGUGGUCCCAUCCAAACACAGGGUUACCGCCUCAACAACUAACUGGGUGAACCAAGCUGACAUUUGUGUGUUAUUUUAAACUGUGAUGCACCACUUCUUGUAUGAUACUGUACAGUGACACCAUUAUUUAUAUAAAAUAUAACCUUUGUGUGAAAAACAUUUUUAAAAAUGCCUUGUCGAUAUAUUAAAAAGUGCAAUAAAUAAGAACUAGCGUGUACAUUUUCCAAACAUUGCUUUGCCCUGUUUAUGUAAAUCUACAUCUCUGUUUACUCUUUGCCAUCUCAUUUUUUAAAGCAUUUUUUGAAAAUAAACAUGAUGCUUAGUAUUA